CACACAGAUCAGCACUCAGCAACAAGCCUCGCGUCGCAAACCAAACCAUCGACCGGAGGAACCGACUGAGCUAGGAGGAGGUUCGCGGAGAAACUAGCCGUACGUGGCAAUGGUGAAGACCGCGGCAGCAGGGAGCAAUGGCGGUGGCGCCGUGGCGGCGAAGCAGCAGCAGCAGCAGCAGCUUGGUGGGAAGAUGAGGACGUACAAGGGGGUGCGGAUGAGGAGCUGGGGCGCGUGGGUGUCGGAGAUCCGGGCGCCGGGGCAGAAGACGCGGAUAUGGCUCGGCUCCCACUCCACCGCCGAGGCCGCCGCGCGCGCCUACGACGCCGCGCUGCUCUGCCUCAAGGGCGCCGCCGCCGCCGCCGACCUCAACUUCCCCGUGCGCUUCCCCUUCGACCUCCCCGCCGCCGCCAUGUCGCCCAAGUCCAUCCAGCGCGUCGCCGCAGCCGCCGCCGCCGGGGCCAGCGCUAAUGCGUUCGACUUCGCCGCCGGGGCCGACGACAGUCCCAGCGCCGGCGCCGUCACCCCGGAGUACUGCAGCUCCUCCAGCAAUAAUGCCUCGCCGGUGAGCUCCCCGGAGACGGCUAGCAGCGGCGCCGCCGACCUCGACGGCGUAGACCUCCUGGGUUACGGUUACAGCCAGUGCUCGCUCGCGGAGAUCGAGGCCUUCUUCCAAUCGCCCAAGUGCAUGGAGUACGCCAUGAUGGACCCGUGCAGCGCGUUCUUCGCUCCGUCGCCGAUGGCCAUGGAGGACGAGUGCAGCUGGGAGGAAGGAGGCGACAUUGCGCUCUGGAGCUUCUCAAUGGACUGAGCUGGAGUCCGGCAAGCCGGAGCACCGAAGAAACUGACAACUCAAGCGAAGACCACAACUGGUCAUGCAUGGUGAUAACUAUACUUGAUUCCAUAUAAAAAUUGAUGUGAUUCUUUGUACACAGCAACAAUAAGGUAGUUGAGCGUUGUGGGGGGAGCUCUCGUGGAGCUACAUGUUUUAAGGCAGCUUCCAUGGAGUUAACCUCCCUUCAA